AUGACGGUGGACGCAGACUACGAAGAUGGCUUCUAUGGCUAUGAGGCAACCACUAACGACCCAGGAUUGAUCCUUUUGAUUGGUACAAUCGCGGUAUGCGUUGUUUUCAAUGCCCUUAUACCAUGCUUUGUGGCUUUUGGCAGCCAGCGAGAUAAGGCUCGGCAAGCCCAAAUGAAGGUGGAUCCAUGGGCCAUCAAGCCUGAUGAUGAAGAGGACGAGAAGAAACUGAAUUUCAGAACGGCUGCUCCGUCUAUCCGUUCAGUUUCAGAAUUCAGUCAGUCGAUCCAGUUUGGACCCGGCCGAUCGUUGUACAAUCGACGCUCUGUUCGAGCACCUUCCAUGGUCUCCAUGGGCUUGAGAUCUACUGUAAGCGGAGCCUCCGUGGGGACAUCCAUUGUAAACCAGUCUGUCGUUACUGGCUUGGGUGGAAGACGCUCUAGGAACCAACGACGUUUUCGACGUGCCCUGGAAAAAAGAGAGAUGCAGUAUGAAGCAGGCGUUGAGGCUGACAGUUUCUUCCGAUUCAACCAAGCCACCUUGCCGAGCGAGCGACCACAGCCACUUGAUGACGACCAAUCCUGUCUUAGCAAAAUGGAUACCGACGAAGUUUCGGUUAAGAGUUUUACCAUGGACGCUGACAAUGAAGACUUUAUUCCAAAGCAAUUCUUGUACGCGGAAGAAGAUGAAGUCGAAAUCACCUGCUGUGGCGUGGACGCAUGGUGGAAGCCCAACUGGGCCAUCACGUACUUCGAUAGAAUUGUGGCUCUUUCCGAGUGGGAUUUCGAAAUGAGAAAAAUCAUGAGGCUGACGAUACCAUUUGUUGCGCAGGCUGUGUUUACAGGCCUGCUGGACGUCAUGACUGUUGCCAUCAUCGGAAAACUGAUAGGCACAACCGAAGCUACAUCUUACGUUAUCGUGGAUAUGCUCAUUGGGCUUACGGACGAGUUUGUCGGCGGUUUCAUCAGUGCAUUGACUACACUUUGCAGUCAAGCUGCGGGAGCAAACCAAAACAAACUUUGCGGACAAUACGUGCAAAUGGCAAUGAUCUUGUACAUUUUGUUUUCCUUGCCCUUUAUGUACGUUUGGUGGGCUUAUACCGAGGAUGCCAUUUAUUGGCUUGGAUUCGAUGAAACCGCUGCAACCAUGGGCAGCGAGUUCGCCAAGAUCUGCAUCUUUUCUACUUUGGUGGAAGGCAUCAAUGAGACUUUGCACAGUCUGUUAGAGGUCAUUGAACUGGAAAACUACAGUACGGUGGUGGGGAUUUCGGAGGAUGUCCUCGGCUUCGUGUUGGUUCUGCUGGCGGCGCUCCUGUUUGAACCCAGUCUCUUUGAACUCGGUUUGAUUCAUCUCGGGCUCGGGGUAGUGUUCCUCCUGUUGAACAUUGCCUUUAUCUGCGUGAAAGGAUGGUUCAAGCCGUACCUUUCUGGAAUGCUGGGUACUUUCGCUUUGUUGAACUUCAAGGCUGUUUGGCUGAUGUGCAAGACAGCGCUGGCAUUGUCCGCGGGGUACCUGCUAACUGAUGGAGAAUGGGAAAUCAUGACUCUUCUUGCUAGCUUUUUGGGCCCUGCAGAAGUGGCCGCAUGGACUCUGAUUGGCACGGUGUGGGGUUGCAUAGAAGCCCUUACAGAGGCCAUUGGAGAUGCUGCAGAGAUCCGAUGUUCCUUCCUUCUUGGGUGCGGGAAACCCACCCAUGCUCGAGUGUCUUCCUACAAGAGCAUGCUCAUAGCUACUAUCUCUGCCUUUCUUGUUACAUCAAUCCUGUUUACAAUGGGAGAAGACAUUGCAACUUGGCUAACGAAUGAUCCAGUCUUACAAAAGAUGAUCGUCGAUGUGCUACCGCUGUUCGGCCUAGGAAACAUAACCAUGACUGUUGGAACAGCAAGCUGGACUUUGCUUGGAGCGCAAGGGCGAUACAGGCUGGCAACUACGGUGGCCUUCCUUGGCAGUUGGCUAGUGACGAUCCCUUUGUCCGUGCUCGCUAGUGUUGCCCUCCACCUGACCUUGGAGGGUCAAACUGCAGCUGUCGUGGUCGGCUACAUGGCAUCGGGGACUAUCAACGCCUACUUUUUGUUUCGAUCGGACUGGGAACAGAUAUCACAAGCUGUGAUUAACAACCAUCAAAUGGAAAUGGCAGCGCCGCCAGAAAAGGAGGAUCCAAGCAAGGAUACAAGUGAUGCGGCGUCGGUGUCAUCGCAGGGGUCCGCAGCAGUGUCGGCGUAUGCUGUCGGCAGAGUGCAGCACGCAUUGCAGACUCCUUAG